CUGUCUCUCUCACUCUCUCUCUGUCUGUAUUCAUGACUGACUUCUGAUUUCAAUUGAUUCUCGCCAUCGAUGCAGACAUCUCCACACACGCACACGACAUGCACACGUGUUGCAUUCCUCCUAUAUAAACUGUGUUGAACAGGUCGCCGAUAUCCCCAUGCAUGCAUACAUAUGUAUAUCGAGCAAGACAUGCGGUGCUCCUCCACUCCUCAACAGAAAAAGAAAAAAAAAAAAAGAGAACCAAUUCACAAGCCUCUAUGCGCGCGCGACCAUCGUUAGCAUCUCCAUAAACCACCUUCCAUUCAUCCAUCUCGAACCCGCAAAAAGAGUCAGUACACAGCAGCGUCCCUUCGCCCUAACUAACCAUCUAGUCCAAUCGCUACCCUACUCUUCUCUAGUCAGGAGAAAACAACUCCAUCACCUCCACAUAACCACAACACCACAAAACUCUAUCUUAUCGUGCUCCGAAUGCCGUGCCGUCCAGAGCACAGCAUACGGCGUCAGAUUUUCAAGCUACAGCGUGCGCUUCUGUAGUUCGCGGGGGCUUGGAAGUCCAACUAAUGGCGUCUUUUUUGUUCCUUUUGCUGAGCGAGCCACCCGUAACCCGGCCUCCCAUCAUCACACCAUUGCUCAGUCACCAGUGACCUCCGCAGCCCACGAGGCCAAGCAUGUUUCGCCGACUCCGGCCUUGUCUGCUGUUUGUUGCUGA